CAGCAACAGCGCGGAGACAGGCCAUCGGCCGGCGACCAUUCGAGCUAGCUAGCUAGCUAUUUGAAGCGGUGGGAGGGAGGGGCCGAUGGGGAAAGGCCGGGCACCGUGCUGCGCCAAGGUGGGGCUCAACAGGGGCUCCUGGACGCCGGAGGAGGACAUGCGCCUCAUCGCCUACAUUCAGCAGUACGGCCACGCCAACUGGCGUGCCCUGCCCAAGCAAGCAGGUUUGCUCCGGUGCGGCAAGAGCUGCCGGCUCCGGUGGAUCAACUACCUCCGUCCCGACCUCAAGCGCGGCAACUUCACCGUCGAGGAGGAGGAGACCCUCAUCAAGCUGCACAACAUGCUCGGCAACAAAUGGUCCAAGAUCGCGGCGUGCCUGCCGGGGAGGACCGACAACGAGAUCAAGAACGUCUGGAACACGCACCUCAAGAAGCGGGUGGCCGCGAGCGCCGGGGAGCAGAAGAAGGGCGGGGCCAAGAGCAAGAAGAAAACCACCUGCGUGGACGUGCCGGUGCCUUCUCCGUCUCCAUCCUCUUCCACGACCACCACUACGACGACAACCAACUGCUCCAGCGGCGAGUCUGGCGAGCAGAGCAACACCAUCAAGGAGUUGGAAUUUGAGAUGGACAAGAUCGAAAUCCCCAUGCUGGACCUCGGCUUCGACCUUGACAUGCUGCUGAACGCCGUCCCCGACACGCACUGCCCGGCCAUCUCGUCGGCGCCGACCUCGCCGUGCUCGUCCGCGUCCCCGCCCUGCGUGGUGGACGACCAAGUGCUGCUCGAUCUGCCUGAGAUCGACAUCAUGCCCGAGCUGUGGAGCAUCAUGGACGGCGAAGGCGGCGUCGGCGCGUGCGCAGAAACGGCGCAGGCGCCGUGGAGCAAUGCGGCGCUGUGCCAGGGCAACGGAACAGAGGCGAGCGCCGCAACGGCCAACGAAGACGACGACGGAAAGGAGUGGUGGUUGGAAGAUUUGGAAAAGGACCUGGGCCUGUGGGGGCCCAUCGAAGACUACCAGCUCCAACAACCGGACCCACAAGGUCGCGUGGACCCGUUCUCAGCCAGCGUGGACGACUCCGCGUCAUGCUACUUCCCCGCACACACAAGGGGGUACCAUACUUUUAUAGAAGAUAGAAAGCAUAAUUAUAAGAGCUUGCCGGAGAUGCGAACAUCGCCGUAAGCUUACAACUCAAUACCAACACCUCUAACAUAAACCUACUCUCUCACAAAACGGUUGAGAACACCCACACCUAGCCCUGCCUCUUUUCACUGCUUGAUCUCCUUCAUGAUGUGCUUGUGCAAGUGAAUUGCCGACUUGAUUUGCUCCGGGCGAUUGAAGACUCUA